AGACUUGGCGCGGGUGUCUCGAAGAUGCUCGAGGGCCUGGGGUCGCCCGCCUCGCCCCGGGCAGCUGCGAGCACCUCGGUCGUGGGGUCGUCCGGGCCCGCGGCCUGCCCGCCUCCCUCCCCCUCGGCCCCGAGGUCCCCGGAGUCCCCGGUCCCCCGGCGGGGGGGUGUGCGCGCCAGCGUCCCACAGAAGCUGGCCGAGACCCUGAGCAGCCAGUAUGGGCUGAUCGUGUUCGUGGCGGGGCUGCUGCUGCUGCUGGCCUGGGCGGUGCAUGCCGCGGGCGUGGGCAAGAGCGACCUGCUGUGCUUCCUGACGGCGCUCAUGCUGCUGCAACUGCUGUGGAUGCUGUGGUACGUGGGCCGCAGCUCUGCGCACCGCCGCCUCUUCCGCCUCAAGGACACGCACGCCGGCGCCGGCUGGCUGCGCGGUAGUAUCACAUUGUUUGCAUUCAUUACCAUCAUCCUGGGAGGCCUUAAAAUUGGAUACUUCAUUGGAUUUUCAGAAUGUUUAUCAGCCACUGAAGGAGUUUUCCCUGUCACGCAUGCAGUGCACACUUUGUUGCAGGUAUAUUUUCUUUGGGGGCAUGCAAAGGAUAUUAUCCAGUCUUUCAAAACACUGGAAAGGUUUGGGGUGAUCCACUCAGUGUUCACCAACCUGCUUCUGUGGGCCAACGGCGUCCUCAAUGAGUCCAAGCACCAACUCAAUGAGCACAAGGAACGGCUCAUCACUCUGGGCUUUGGGAACAUAACAACAGUUUUAGAUGACCACACACCGCAGUGUAACUGCACACCCCCAACUCUCUGCACUGCCAUCUCCCACGGGAUCUACUACCUCUACCCCUUCAACAUAGAGUAUCAGAUCCUGGCCUCCACAAUGCUCUACGUCCUGUGGAAGAACAUUGGGCGCAAAGUUGACAGCCAUCAUCACCAGAAGAUGCAGUUCAAGUCUGAUGGGGUCACGGUGGGCGCAGUCCUGGGCCUGACCGCACUGGCCGCCACCAUUGCUGUGGUGGUGGUGUACCUGAUUCAUAUUGGGCGCUCCAAGACCAAGAGCGAGUCGGCGCUCAUCAUGUUCUACCUGUAUGCCAUCACCCUGCUGAUGCUUAUGGGGGCUGCGGGGCUGGCUGGAAUCCGGAUUUACAGGAUAGAGGAGAAAUCACUGGACGAGUCCAAAAAUCCGGCCCGCAAACUGGACUCAGACCUCUUGGUGGGGACCGCCUCGGGCUCCUGGCUUAUCUCCUGGGGCUCAAUUUUGGCCAUCCUCUGUGCCAAGGACCACCCCCACUACACCUGGUACAACCUGCCCUACUCCAUCCUGGUGAUGGUGGAGAAGUACAUCCAGAACCUCUUCAUCAUUGAAUCCAUUCACCGAGAGCCUGAAAAACUCUCUGAGGACAUCCGAACCCUUCGGGUGGUCACAGUCUGCAAUGGCAAGCCCCUUGCUUCUUCCUGCCUCAAGAGUGGAGGUGUGGCCGAAGAUGUGGCUCCCCAGGGCAGGGACCUGCCACCAGCAGCCAAAGGAAAUGUGUGCAUGAGAGAAGGCUGUGGAAAGGAGGAGGAGAAGCAGGAGGAGAGCAGCUGGGGAGGGAGCCCAAGCCCAGUCCGCCUUCCCCGUUUCUUACAGGGCAACGCCAAGAGAAAAGUCCUGAGGAAUAUUGCAGCCUUCUUGUUCCUCUGCAAUAUUUCGCUUUGGAUACCUCCUGCCUUUGGCUGUCGACCCGAGUAUGACAACGGAUUGGAGGAGAUUGUCUUUGGCUUUGAACCCUGGAUAAUUGUGGUCAACCUGGCCAUGCCUUUUUCUAUUUUCUACCGAAUGCACGCAGCUGCCUCCCUCUUUGAGGUCUACUGUAACAUAUAGUCUGGGUCCACAAGAGACAGAGGAGUGAGCUAACAAGAGUUCAUUGGAGCCACCUGGGAGUAGCCAGGUUGGACAAA